UCUCUCCAAGUACAUACAAUAUGGCAGGUACCAAAGCAUACCCCCCAGGAGGAACCUUCCUCGAUACUGUCAAGACCUCUUUCACCGAUGUCCCGGUCGACAAGGAGAAAGACUAUGCGAUUUCCACCACCGAGUUCCUACAGGCCGCUGAGUCGUUGACGACUUUGUUUGAUGUCCUUGGCUCCAUGGCUUUCCAACCUGUGAAGAACGAUAUGCUGGGCAACGUCAAAAAAAUCAGAGAUAGACAACACGCAGCUCCAGCUGAAUCUGCCAACCUCCAAGACCUUGUUCUCAACGAGCUGAAAACCAAGAAGCACACCGCUACAGAAGGUCUAGUCUGGCUCGUCCGAGGCCUAGAUUUCACCGCCAUUGCACUCUCCCAGAACCUCGCAACCGCCUCCGAAGAACUCUCCGUCUCCUUCCGAAACGCAUACGGCAACACCCUGAAACCCCAUCACAGCUUCAUGGUCAAGCCCAUCUUCAGCGCCGCUAUGAGCGCCUGCCCAUACCGAAAAGAUUUCUAUGUCAAGCUUGGAGACGAUCAGGAGAAGGUCGAGCAAGAGUUGAGGGUUUGGCUUGCGGCUUUGGUGAAGCUAUUGGCUAUCUUGAAGGGCUUUUUGGACAGAAAGGAAGCUAAGUGGUAAAUGACGACUGCGGGUACACGGAAUGCAGGUCGGCAGCGAGUUUAGACGCCACUGGAUGGUAUAUAUGUAUGGAGAGAGCGUGGGCAUGACGAUUGACGGCGUACAUUUCUUGGGAGGCAUGAGUGUUGGGACUAUUAUCGAGAUACAUGGAUAUGCAUCUGCAAAGUCAGACAGCAUCAUCUAUGGCGCACCUUGAUUGAUGAAAACGAGCAAUACAGAAGCAUAAUUGCAAUUAAAUUUGCACUAUUGCUCUGUCUAUAUCCUACAUAUGAAAGCGACA